GCAGGACUUCCCGAGAGACCCCAAGACUCCUGAGCAGAGACCCGAGGAGCGGGUUAUGCUGGGGACUCAGAUCGCCAGGGACAACAGGACACAGAGGACGGAGCCAUGGGGGACAUGCAGGAGGAAGUGCUGGAGAUCCCAGAUCAGGACAGUGAAGAAGGGCUGGCGGACAUUCUAGAACAGGAAGAAUAUGAAGACCCAGGCAUCCCUGUGGCGCAGGUGCUGGAGCCAGAAGCUCUUCCUCCUGAGUCAACAGCCACAGACUAUAUCCCCACCGCGGCCUCCACAUCGCAUCCAAGCUCCCGCCAGGCUUAUGUGGAGCUGCAAGAGUUAAUGAUGGACGAGAGGAACCAGGAGCUGCAAUGGGUAGAGGUGGCGCACUGGAUGGGGCUUGAGGAGAACCUGCGGGAAGAUGGUGUCUGGGGCCGCCCACACCUCUCUUACCUCACCUUCUGGAGCCUCCUUGAGCUGCAACGAGCCUUUGCCAAAGGGACUGUCCUCCUGGAUCUGCCCGAGACCUCCCUGGCUGGUGUGGCCAACCAGCUGCUGGAUGGCUUCAUCUACGAUGAGCAGAUCCGGCCCCAGGACCGAGAGGAGCUGCUGCGGACCUUGCUGCUCAAACGCAGCCAUGCCGAAGACCUGAAGGCCCUGGAGGGGGUGAGGCCUGCCGUCCUGACACGCUCUGGGGACCCUUCUCAGCCUCUGCUCUCCCAACAGCCCUCACUGGAGAUAAAGCUCUUCUGCGAACAGGGAGAAGGGGGCCCUGAAGGACACUCAUCUGGAAUUCUGGAGAAAAUCCCCCCGAACUCAGAAACUACUCUGGUGCUAGUAGGCCGCGCCACCUUCCUGGAGCGCCCGGUGCUGGGCUUCGUGCGGCUGGAGGAGGCUGUGAGGCUGGAGGACCUGGAGCUGCUAGAGCCCGUGCGCUUUUUCUUUGUGGUGCUGGGACCCGACGCCCCUCACACCGACUACACUCAACUCGGCCGGUCUGCCGCCACCCUCAUGACUGAAAGAGUGUUCCGGACAAAUGCCUACCUGGCGCAGAGCCGGGGCGAGCUGCUGAGCUCCCUGGAAGGCUUUCUAGACUGCAGCCUGGUGCUGCCGCCCACAGAUGCCCCCACGGAGCAGGCCCUGCUCAGCCUGGUGCCCGUGCAGAGGGAGCUUCUCCGGAGGCGCUACCUGCCCAGCCCUGCCAAGCCGGACCCCAGCUUGUACAAGAACCUAGACUUGAACGGGGGCCCAGGGGUCCCCGGAGGCCCAGAUGACCCUCUUCGGCGCACAGGCCGGCUCUUUGGAGGCCUGGUACGUGACAUCCGGCGCCGCUACCCUUACUACUUAAGUGACAUCACAGAUGCACUCAGCCCCCAGGUCCUGGCUGCGGUCAUCUUCAUCUAUUUUGCUGCCCUGUCACCUGCCAUCACCUUCGGCGGCCUCCUGGGAGAAAAGACCCGGAACCUGAUGGGGGUGUCGGAGCUGCUCAUCUCUACCGCCGUGCAGGGCAUCCUCUUUGCCCUUCUGGGAGCACAGCCCCUGCUCGUGCUCGGUUUCUCGGGACCUCUGCUCGUGUUUGAGGAAGCCUUUUACUCGUUCUGCGAGAGCAACGGCUUGGAGUACAUCGUGGGCCGCGCCUGGAUUGGCGUCUGGCUCAUCCUGCUGGUGGUGCUGGUGGUGGCCUUCGAGGGCAGCUUCCUGGUGCAGUUCAUCUCCCGAUACACCCAGGAGAUCUUUUCCUUCCUCAUCUCUCUCAUCUUCAUCUUUGAGACUUUCUCCAAGUUGAUCAAGAUCUUUCAGGACUACCCACUGAAGAAGCAGUAUGACCCCGUUGUGAUGACGCCCAAACCUCAGGGUCCCCUGCCCAACACAGCCCUCUUCUCUCUUGUGCUCAUGGCUGGCACCUUCUUCCUUGCCAUGAUGCUGCGCAAGUUCAAGAACAGCACUUACUUCCCUGGCAAGCUGCGUCGAGUCAUUGGGGACUUCGGGGUCCCCAUCUCCAUCCUCAUCAUGGUCCUGGUGGAUUCCUUCAUCAAGGAUACGUAUACCCAGAAACUCUCCGUACCUGAUGGCCUCAAGGUGUCCAACUCCACAGCCAGGGGCUGGGUCAUCCAUCCGCUGGGCAUAUAUAACAAGUUCCCCAAGUGGAUGAUGUUUGCCUCUGCCCUGCCUGCUCUCCUUGUCUUCAUCCUUAUAUUCCUGGAGUCUCAGAUCACCACACUGAUUGUCAGCAAGCCCGAACGCAAGAUGGUCAAGGGCUCCGGCUUCCACCUGGACCUGCUGCUGGUCGUGGGCAUGGGUGGGGUGGCUGCCCUCUUUGGAAUGCCUUGGCUCAGUGCCACCACUGUGCGUUCUGUCACCCAUGCCAAUGCCCUCACGGUCAUGGGCAAGGCCAGCGCCCCAGGGGCUGCAGCCCAGAUCCAGGAGGUCAAGGAGCAGCGGAUAAGUGGGCUCCUGGUCUCUGUGCUUGUGGGUCUGUCCAUCCUCAUGGAGCCCAUCCUGUCCCGCAUCCCCCUGGCUGUGCUAUUUGGCAUCUUUCUGUACAUGGGGGUCACGUCCCUCAGUGGCAUCCAACUCUUUGAUCGCAUCUUGCUCCUGGGCAAGCCACCCAAGUACCAUCCAGAUGUGCCCUUCGUCAAGCGGGUGAGGACCUGGCGGAUGCACCUGUUCACUGGCAUCCAGAUCAUCUGCCUGGUGCUGCUGUGGGUGGUGAAGUCGACGCCUGCCUCGCUGGCCCUGCCCUUUGUCCUCAUCCUCACGGUGCCUCUGCGGCGCUUCCUGCUGCCGCUCAUCUUCAGCAAGCUGGAGCUCCAGUGUCUGGAUGCCGACGAUGCCAAGGUGACCCUCGAUGAGGAGGAAGGUCGAGAUGAGUACGAUGAAGUGCUUAUGCCCGUGUGAGGGGAAGGCCCAGGCCCUCAGACGCCCCACUUUCCCACCCACCCAGGAAGAGCACAAGUUCACGGGUAUCUCAUGGACUCUCAGGCUCAGGGCUAUGGGUGGGAAAGGAGGGGAUGUCCGGGAAGCCUUCAGACCAAGGCGUGCUAGCUUUUCUGACUGGAAGUGACUGGGGGAUCUGGCCCACCGUCCCUUAUGCUGCCACACUUCUGUGUGGGGCUCCUGUGCUAGGCCCAAGCCUCGGCUUUUCAGGGUGUAGUGAUGAGUGUGGGAGACGCUGGGGCAAGUUCAAGUUCCUGCUGGCUGUGUGUCCUGCAAAUCCCUUGGCCUCUCUGGCCUUUGAGGACCAAGGGUAAAUGUGAAAAAACGCUUUGUAAUUUCUGAAAGGAUCACUCAACAGUAGUCCUCAUUCUCCUCUUACCCUACCUGAGACCACACAGCCGGAACAUGAACCUUGUCUGCUGAGUUGGAGGGCACAGCUCUAUUCCUCUGCCUGUGGCCCGCCUUCCCUGUUCAGAAACACCCCUGGUGACCCCUGUCAUCCCCACUCUGCCCUAGCCCCACCAUAAGACCCUCUUCUUACUGGCCAGAGAGGUGUUGUACUGAGGGCAAGGUACAGGGGAGGCUAUAGGUGAGAGACUGAGGCUUAGUAUCUCAAGUACUUAUUGCUACCCACCAAGUACUCCUUCAUUCAUUUAUUCAUUCAUUUACUUCUCAGCCACCUACUGAGGGCCUAGUGGACACAGAGGGAACUCGGUCAAGACCCUGCCUUGGGGUGGGUGUGCACAUCUGUUCUGGA